GGGGCUAUAGUUUGGCGCGCCCCAGCCUCUUUUAUCAGUUGGCAAUACCACAGUGACGUGUCGUCAUCGGCCUUCCCAAGACACAGUCUCUUCAGGCAGUACCACCGACGUUAUCAAUCUUUUUUUUCUUCCACGUGCAGUUCACAGAAUAGCGAGUGAUUGUGACAACUGCGGUCGUCAGUCAGACAAGAUGCGGAAAGCAACCACCAUCGUCAUAUUUUGCAGUCUCGUCUCUGUAGGCGUAUAUGCCUGGGAGAACCCUGACAAUAAGACGGCUGUGACGGAAAGUAGCGAAGAAAUUCGGAGAAUCAGCAAUGACUACCGAGAGCAGCUGGAAGAACUGGACCGACGAAUUGCAGAAAAGGUGAGAGAGGUGAAAGAAGCGACGACGCCCUCCCAGAAAGAGCAGCUGUCCAAUGAACUGAAAGUCCUGCGCCACAGGGCCCGAACUCUCCGUGAAGAAUUCCGACAGAAGCUGCACGAUCUUAUGGGCAACGGAGAGCUUCCGGAUGGCAUUAACGGAAUUAAUGGGGUACUCAUCAAGCAAACCUACCGCGGUCGCGGUGCUGAACGAAAGACAUAUUAAAGCAGCAGACACGCA